UUGUUAUAUAUGAUUGAUUAUAUCUUACGCGUUCAGUGUGUAGUUUAACUACAAACAGGUGGAACGUGAGAGAACUUCCUUAAAUAUUCUUCAGUAUGGACUCAACUGGAAUGGAUAAAGCGCCGACCCCAAUGCAGCAGAUUAACGAAGCGUACAAAUGCUGCAAAUUCGGCUGGUUUCAUAUAAAAUUGUUGGCUGCGGCGUUUGUUGGGACGGUAGCGAGCAUCCUUGUCACUUGCACCACCUCAUACCUGCUGCCGACUGCUGAGUGUGACUUGAAUAAUAUGAGCCUGUUAGAGAAAGGCCUGUUGAACGCAUCGCCGUAUUUCGGUAUGAUAGUGUCGUCAGUCAUAGCAGGUUUUCUAACUGAUACGUUUGGACGCAAGUUCUUCCUUAAAUUAGGCUUCGCAGGAAUCUUCGUAUUCACAGUGCUAGGCGGAUCUAGUCAGAGUUACAAUAUGUUGGUUGCCGCGAAGUUCUUUGAAGGCAUAUUAUUUGCAACAGCAGUGUCAGCAUUGGUAACUGUAACAUCGGAGUUUUGCCACAAAGAUAUAAGGGACAGAGUGAUGCUCUGUCAGUCGUCGUUUGCAGCAGUUGGCCAGACCAUAAUACCAGCUAUGGCUUGGGGUAUUUUAAUAAGAGAUUGGAGGUACAGUUUCUUUGAUGGAUAUGUUGUUCUUAACACUUGGAAUUUCUACCUCUACGCAAUGUCACUGUGGUCAUUAGCUUCCUUUAUAAUGUACGCAUUUAUACCAGAAAGCCCCAAAUAUUUGAUAACCAAAAAGAAAUAUGCGGAAGCGAGGGAAAUAAUCAUCAAAAUAUACGUCGAAAAUACUGGAAACGCGAGAACAACAUUCCCAUAUCCUGAUUUAUGGAAAAAUGAAGAGAAAGAUCAAAAGUUAAAAGACACACCGAUAACUAAAUCGAUAUCGCAUCAGAUCGUCGUUGGGCUGCAGACUGUAAAGGUCUUGUUCCGGAAUCCUUUGUUACUAUACCUCAUCACGUUGAGCAUUAUGAACUUCUUGACUAUGGGCAAGUACAACAUGGUCCGGCUUUGGUACCCACAAAUAUCCACCAUCAUCGAGCACGGCGACAUUUCUGGAGUGGAUUUAUGUGUCUUGCUAGAUAAAUAUACCGAAGAUUUGAGGCUGAAGAGUAACUUGACAAUGUAUGAAUGUGUGCCCACCAAAAGCGGUACAGAAACAUACGUGAACACUAUUAUCAUAGGUUGCGUUUGUAUUCUACCUUUCUUUAUAAGUGGAGCCCUGGUAAACAGAGUGGGGAAGAAGAGUCUCUUCAUAUCAUCCAGCUUGAUAUGCGUGGGAGCCAAUCUUGGAUUGCGGUGGGCUGAUUCAAAAUCUACUAUAGUGGCCUUGUUUUCUCUGGAUAUAGCAGUUUCUCAAUGCAUGAAAGGCUUAAUACAAGUUCAAGCUGUUGAAUUCUUUCCGACUGCUGUUAGGACUCUUGCGAUGUCAAUAAUUAUGCUGUCAGCAAGAAUGGGUACUCUAUUAGCAAAUAUAUUACUACCCAUUUUACUGGACAUGGGAUGUAUGAUUUUAUUCUUUUCUUUGUCCGGAGUAAUGAUUUGUAUAACAAUAUUGUCCAUAUUUCUACCAAGUAAGAAGAUAGAAUGUCAUACAGACAAGAGAAUUAAGAAGUGAAAAUUGCAAUAAUUAAUAAAAACUAAAACCAAAGAA